GCAGGAGGGGGAGGGGGGCGGAGCAGCGGGAGCCGGGGAGCCGGAGCCCCGGGUCCCCACGACCUGAGCCGGCUCUCCCAUUAGCGGCCUGAGGACCUGGCGUCCGCCUCCUCCCUCCCCUUGAGGCUGGAGCGUGGACGCGGUGGGGGAGGGUGGGGUGGGGGCAGCUUUCGAGAAUUACGAGGACAGGAGGCAGAGGCCCUCCCCAUCCGCAUUAUUGGAGGAGAGAGAGCCUCCCCCAGCUUGGGGAGGGGGAGAGCGGGGCAUUGGGCGCCCCUCGCAGCGGCCGCUGCCCUGACCCGACGGGUAUCGGCCGGCUCUCCCCCUCCACCCAGGACGACAUGAACGACCGAGGCCAAGGAGUCCUCUCCUUGGGCCUCUGCAUCCCCCCAUCCUUGGCUCUGGGGCCUCCCUCCCUGACAUGGAGAGUAACCUGUCUGGCCUGGUGCCUGCUGCCGGGCUGGUGCCUGCGCUGCCACCUGCUGUGACCCUGGGGCUGACGGCUGCCUACACCACCCUGUAUGCCCUGCUCUUCUUCUCCGUCUAUGCCCAGCUCUGGCUGGUGCUUCUGUAUGGGCACAAGCGUCUCAGCUAUCAGACGGUGUUCCUGGCCCUCUGUCUGCUCUGGGCCGCCUUGCGUACCACCCUCUUCUCCUUCUACUUCCGAGAUACUCCCCGCGCCAACCGCCUGGGGCCCUUGCCCUUCUGGCUUCUCUACUGCUGCCCCGUCUGCCUGCAGUUCUUCACCUUGACGCUUAUGAACCUCUACUUUGCCCAGGUGGUGUUCAAGGCCAAGGUGAAGCGUCGGCCGGAGAUGAGCCGAGGCUUGCUCGCUGUCCGAGGGGCCUUUGUGGGGGCCUCGCUGCUCUUUCUGCUGGUGAACGUGCUGUGUGCUGUGCUCUCCCAUCGGCGCCGGGCACAGCCCUGGGCCCUGCUGCUUGUCCGCGUCCUGGUGAGCGACUCCCUGUUCGUCAUCUGCGCGCUGUCUCUUGCUGCCUGCCUCUGCCUCGUCGCCAGGCGGGCGCCCUCCACUAGCAUCUACCUGGAGGCCAAGGGGACCAGUGUGUGCCAGGCGGCCGCGAUGGGUGGCACCAUGGUCCUGCUCUAUGCCAGCCGGGCCUGCUACAACCUGACAGCACUGGCCUUGGCCCCCCAGAGCCGGCUGGACACCUUCGAUUACGACUGGUACAAUGUGUCUGACCAGGCGGACCUGGUGAAUGACCUGGGGAACAAAGGCUACCUGGUAUUUGGCCUCAUCCUCUUCGUGUGGGAGCUACUGCCCACCACCCUGCUGGUGGGCUUCUUCCGGGUGCACCGGCCCCCACAGGACCUGAGCACCAGCCACAUCCUCAAUGGGCAGGUCUUUGCCUCUCGGUCCUACUUCUUUGACCGGGCUGGGCACUGUGAAGAUGAGGGCUGCUCCUGGGAGCACAGCCGGGGUGAGAGCACCAGUAUGUCGGGCAGUCUAGGCUCUGGGAGCUGGUAUGGUGCCAUCGGGCGUGAGCCGGGCUGGUAUGGGGGCAGCCAGACGAAGACCACUCCUCUGCUCUUCUCCCAGGUGCCAGGACCAGGCGGCCACCACCACAGUCUCUACUCCACCCCACAGACGUGAUCCCCCUCCCUCCCCCACAGAAUACCCAGGCCCCAGUCCCCCUCAUCCUAGGCCCCUGUGCCAAGUUUGUCUGCCGCUUCUUGCCCAGGAUCCUGGGGGUCGUGGCUGCCCCCUCCUCUGGCCGGCUCCUUGCUGCUCCUGUCAUAGUGAGCUUGUGCCGUCCCCCUAGGAUGGGGGGCAUGGCCCUGGCUGCCAGAUGCCCACAGCACCCUGGCAUGACCUGCCACCUCCGCUUCCACACCGGAGCCAGCUACCUCUCCUGUGCCUGCCACUCAAUAAACAGUGUCUGCGCCCCA